CAGCUGUCUACUUUCUAUCCUGGGGGCGUCAAAACAGCAGAUACUUUUCUAGUGGUUCCAAUGUCGAUCAUUCCAGGGGCCUUGGAUAUUCGCAACUCAGAUGGCAGCCUGAUGGUCCUUAUCUGCACCAGUAUACCUUCUAGCAUUCAAGAUCCGGAGAUCAUUUUGCAAGCAGAGGCGAAUGAGCCUUUUAGAUGCACACACUUCAGUCACUGGAAUCGCUAUGGACUGACGGGUCAUACUGCGCCGCAGGGUGUCCAUCCUCAUGACCUAGAGGCUGCUGGAGGGAGAAGAACUAACCUUAGACAGACUUUACCUUACACGUCCAAAGAGACGUUUACUCAACAGCAGCUGUACCUGAACAUCCAGGCUAAUUUUGGCGAAAUCUCGCGUCUCCUUCCUGAUGAGUACAAGGUUCUGGUCAAGCUGGUAGACAUUCUGCCUAAUGCUGAGGGAUCUCCAGUCAGAUCUUUCCUCUCAUUGGUGGUGAAUAUUAAUGUGUGCACGGUGGCACAUAGGGAUGCCAAGGACUUUGAACUAUGCCUAGUGCUGGCAGUAGGGGAGUUCACUGGUGGUGGACUAGUGAUGAGAGAGCAGGGGCUAAUUGCAGAACUCAGGAAUGGGGACUUUGCUAUAUUCAGGUCAGGAGAAACUACUCAUUUCAAUUUGGAUUAUUUGGGUAGGAGGGUGUCUCUGGUGAUGCAUACUGAUGGUGGGUUUAAAACAUGGGAGAAAGAUCACAAUGGUUGGAAAGAUCACUCCCACUUCACAUAUUUAUGA